AUGAAUAUCUCGUCUUCGGAACAAAAAUUCGCGGCCCUCCUCAGGCUGAUGGAUCAAUCAACCUCCUCACUCCUCAGCCAGGUCACAAGGGCCAAAUCCUCCACCGCCUACACGGAAGCAAAAACCUUGCUCAUCAAGGAAUUCUCACUCUCGAAAUUCGAUCGUGUUAAGGCUUACUGGGAGGCAAAACCAGCUGCGGACGAAAAACUAACUCUCUUUUCUUCAAGAGUCGAGGUUCUUGUCGAAGACAUCACAAUGGAGGACAUCCGGAAAUACUGUAUCCUGAGACAUGCUCCACCGGGGGUUCGCCUCCAGCUGGCCGGAUCCCACUUCGAUAAAUUCUCCGUUUCGGAUCUCCUGAUUGAAGCGGACACUCUUACUCAACGGGCCAACAUCGACACCCAGGUAGUCGCCGCUCUUCAGCCAAAAG